CAUUCUUUCCAACCGAUGAUCCUGUCGCCAUCGCCUUCUUCAACUUCAGUUCUACCCUCCCACUCCUGCCCACAUCUUCUCCAGCGACCUCCUCCGGAACCGACCGGUCGACCGCUCUUCUCGGUAUCUCUCUACCUCUUCUACGAGGAGCCAUCAGUGAGCUGCUGCAAUGGCGGAUCAGUCCAUCUUCCGAAUCACCAAGGAGUUAAGCGACCUUCAAAAGAACUCGGACCUUUCGCUCGCCGUUGCUUGCCGCGACAUCGACGUUCGGAAUGUGAAAGCUCUCAUUAUCGGACCGCACGACACCCCCUACGAGUUCGGGUUUUUCGAGUUUGAUUUCAAAUUCAACAAAGAGUACCCUCGGAAGUCGCCACAAGUCACGGCGAUCACGACGAACGGUGGUCGGUCAAGGUUCAAUCCCAAUAUCUACGCCAAUGGCAGGGUGUGCCUGUCAAUUUUAGGGACAUGGCGCGGGGAGCGGGGAGAGGAGUGGUCUGCCGCACAAGGCCUGGAGUCAAUCCUUUUGUCCAUCCAGAGUCUGAUGUCCGCAAAUCCUUACGAGAAUGAGCCCGGCUUUGAAGAUGCCAACGAGCCAUCCGACCAAAAGCACCAGAAGGAUUACAUCCAAAAGAUUCGUCACGAGACGCUCAGGAUUUCCGUCAUACAACGGCUCGAAGAAUAUCUCAAAAUCGGCUCCGACGGGUCGGUUCAAGCGCCCGCAUCUGCGAAGGGCGAGUAUGAUCUCGACAUGGAUACCGUUGAAGACGAGUCGAGCGUUCCAUUCGAGCCGUUCAAGGAUCUGUGCAAGCGCAGGUUCCUGUGGUACUACGAUUCUUACCUUGCGGCCGUGCAGAAAGGCAAGCAAGAGGUCAAGGACGGCGAAUACUUCCAGCGGAUGCCCUUUGAAGGCUCGAGCAACACCCUGGAUGGCAAGUUCAACUACAGCGAACUGGAACGACGCUUGCACGCGAUAAAAAAGGCCCUGGACGAGGAGACCGAGUCAUGGGCGGCGGAGGGACUGGUGGCGAAGGCCAAGGAAACAACCGUUGCGGUUAACCUCCAGCGCCAAUUCGAACAGAUUGUCGAGCAUUUCAAGCGCUCAGGCGCCGCACACAAUCUGGAGCUUGUGGACGGCAAUCCGUUCGUCUGGAUGUUAACAUAUUUCGGAAAGCCGAUGACAAACCUGGACGGAGGUCUUUUCCGGGCGAAGCUGUGCUUCAGUCCCCGAUUCCCCGAGGAGCAGCCUCGUGUCAAAUUCGAGACGCGCCUGUUCCACCACCGGAUUGCUGCCGAUGGCACGCCGUGCUAUGUGGCUCCUGCCAGCCGUCGGGAGGAUGUCAAAACCCAUAUUGAAGCCAUCAUUGAUGCAUUGGAGGAGGAGCAUCCUCCUUACGACCCCAGAACGCUGGUACAUCCCGAGGCUUUCAAACUGUACUGGGGCUCACCCGAGGACCGACGCGUCUACAACCGCAGGCUCCGAAGAUCGGUCCAGCAAUCGAUGGAGUAAGUGUAUUAUUAUAUCAUGAAAUAACCAUGACAACACUGGC